UUUAUUUCAGGGAUGAUCUUGCUUGUUUGUUUGUUAUUGUCAAACAAGACAAAAGUUUCUAUUAUUUAGGGUUGGGAAAGAAAUUCAUUGAUUUUCCCCAAUUGUACAUGGAAUAAAGAAAUCGUAUGCAAUUAAUGAUCAUAAAAAAAAGGUUUCCAUAAUUUGAUGUCGUAAUCCCCAUUAUUAGGAUUCUCUCCGAAGAUAAGGCCCACCACCAUUUCACCCAAAAAUCACUCAGUCGGCAAAUCCAAUGUGUUAACAAAUGGCCGGCCCAAAGUCUUGGCCCAAUAAAACGCUAAACCCCACUUCAAAAGCUAAAAAGUACCCGUGCACUCACUGUCUCGGUCCUCUCUCCAAAAAGACACGGCGUUAACCCUGUGUCUCUGAAAUGGAGUCGUCGUUGCCAGACGACCUCGCCGACGAUAUGCAGAGCCUGAGCUUUACCUCCACUGCGACCACUGCGACCACAAUCCACCGUAGCACGAGUUCCGGUUCCUCAUCAACCACUCUCACGCCGGCCACGUCCACUCACGGCUCCUUCUCAUCCAAGGUCCGAUCCAACAUCUCCCUCGCCGACCUCCGCUUCUCCCUUAGGCUUGGUGCCGGCGACAUUGGCUCCGUCUAUCUCGCAGAGCAUAAGAAUCCCGCUGAUGCCGGUAACUGCGCUCUCUUCGCCGCCAAGGUCAUGGACAAGAAGGAGCUGAUCUCGAGAAGUAAGGAAGGCAGGGCCAGGACGGAGAGGGAAAUACUCGAAUUGUUGGACCAUCCUUUCUUGCCUACACUCUAUGCAAGUAUAGACUCGCCCCGUUGGCUCUGCCUAUUGACGGAGUUUUGUCCCGGCGGUGACCUCCAUGUCAUCCGCCAACGCCAGCCCAAUAAACGGUUCGACGAAACCGCCGUCAGGUUCUAUGCUUCAGAAGUGGUAGUCGCUUUAGAGUAUCUUCACAUGAUGGGAAUUGUAUACCGCGAUUUAAAGCCUGAAAAUGUGCUCGUUAGAUCAGAUGGCCACAUCAUGCUCACAGAUUUUGACCUUUCAUUAAAAUGUGAUGAUUCUACAUCAACGCCGCAGAUUGUUUCUGAUCCAAACACCCCUGUUUUAGCCCCACAAACCGAGUACCAGGUAGAGCAUCGUCCAUUCACCUCAUCUUCUUGCAUCAUUCCCAGCUGUAUAGUCCCUGCCGUUUCAUGUUUCAACCCAAAACGCAAACGCAAAAAGAAGAUAGGCAGUCGUGCUGGGCCCGAGUUUGUGGCUGAGCCGAUUGAUGUCAGGUCCAUGUCAUUUGUAGGUACCCACGAGUACUUGGCACCGGAGAUUGUGUCCGGUGAAGGCCAUGGGAGUCCAGUGGAUUGGUGGACACUCGGGAUAUUUAUGUUUGAACUAUUUUAUGGGGUGACACCCUUCAAAGGUGUGGACCAUGAACUAACCCUAGCUAAUAUAGUUGCUCGAGCCCUCGAGUUCCCCAAGGAACCUGUCUUCCCAAAUACGGCCAAGGAUCUGAUCUCUCAACUAUUAGCCAAGGACCCAUGUAGACGAAUGGGGUCCACAAUGGGUGCAUCAGCAAUCAAGCACCAUUCUUUUUUCCAAGGGGUCAAUUGGGCAUUGUUGAGAUGUACACCUCCACCGUAUAUUCCCCCGCCGUUUAGUAGAGAAGUUGUAUCAGAUGAAAGUUGUCCUGAAACUCCAGUGGAUUAUUUCUAGUAAGUUGAAAUGAAAUGCUAAUAAGUAAUAAGAAUGCGAAGGCUUUGUCAUUGUUUCUAGCUCAUUGUUACUUUCCGGUUGGCCGAGAUGAGUGGAUCUCAAAGAACAAAUUGUUAAAGAAUCCAGGAUUUUAUUGUCCAUUGUCAGUGCUGAUGUUGGGAACAUCGGAUACUGACAAGAUGAAAAUUAAGCGACGAAAUUGGCCUGAAGCCAAAGCCAAAAGGAGCCGCGUGAUAGGCUGGCCAGCGAUGGCAAAAGGGACCGAAGCAUGGGGCAGGCCUUGAAGGAAUUGCUGCUUGCUCAUGGGGGUUUGUUUUUUCUGGUUUUACUUGUGAAGAGCCCGUCAUGUCCUCGCAUGUGAAUUGUUUGGUGCAAAGGAAAGAUGUAGGGGCAGGUGUAGGCCCCAGAUAAUGACUAAGCCUUUUUAGACGUUUA